AUGAGCCUGUUCGGCAGGAAGGCGCUGACUUUGCUGAGCAGCGUGUUCGCAGUGUGCGCCCUCGGCCUGCUGGGGAUCGCUGUGAGCACCGACUACUGGCUGUACCUGGAGGAGGGGGUCAUCCUGCCCCUCAACCAGAGCACCGAGGUACGCAUGUCCCUCCACUCGGGCCUCUGGAGGGUCUGCUUCUUGGUCGGUGAGGAGAAAGGCCGGUGUUUUACUAUUGAGUACAUGAUGCCCACUAACAUCCAGAUGACCUCUGAUUCAACAAUCAGUGUCCUGAAGAUGAUCCGCUCGUCCACACCCUUUCCUCUGGUCAGCCUCUUCUUCAUGUUCAUCGGUUUUGUACUCAGCAACAUCGGCCACAUCCGACCCCACCGCACCAUCCUGGCCUUCAUUUCUGGAAUCUUCUUCAUCCUGUCAGGUCUCUCUCUGGUGGUUGGUCUGGUGUUGUACAUCUCCAAUAUUAAUGAUGAGAUGUUGAACAGAACCAAAACCAAUGAGGCUUAUUUCAUCUACAAGUACGGCUGGUCAUUUGCCUUUGCUGCCAUCUCCUUCCUGCUCACUGAGGCUGCAGGAGUCAUGUCGGUGUACCUGUUCAUGAAGCGCUACACAGCAGAGGAGAUGUACCGGCCUCACCAGGGCUUCUACCGGCCGCGCCUCAGCAACUGCUCCGACUACUCCGGCCAGUUCCUCCACCCGGACGCCUGGGCGGGGCGCGGGCGAAGCGCCUCCUCCAUCUCCUCCGAGGCCUCGCUCCAGAUGAACGCCGCCAGCUAUCCUGCUCUCCUCAAGUGUCCCGAGUACGAACAAGUGUCCUCCUCACCGUGCUGAGGCAGACCAUAAGUCAGCACCGCAGGGGUCAUCUAUAUCUAUCUCGAUAUUGGAGUAUAGUGGUGCGAUGAUUUGAUAUUAUCUUUAAUCGCACCCCUCUUCUCUCUACCCUCCUUACUGCCAAUUUCUUUGUUUACACUUUUUGCUUCUGUGGGGAGCAAAACCUGAGGUGAGGGUUAGCUGGUUCACUUUAUUCUCCUCAGCUCAGUGUUGUGUCACAGGGAGCUGUUAGAGAAUGAGAAGGGGAAGGGUUUGACCAGGUUGUACUUUCCUCUGUAGUUGUUAGUGGUAGAAACUAGAAACCUGCUAAAGCGUUGGUAGGAAGAAGUCAUCUGAAAGGAGUAAAGUGAGAAGCAACAGGCAAGCUCACUAUUGGUGUGUAUAGUACAAUCCAAUCCUGAUAGCUUUCUGACUGAAGUACACACUGCACCUCUGCAGACAUGCAGCGUUCUGAACUGGAUAGGCAACAAAGUGCAAUGGACUCAGAGUGCAAGUUUUUUUAAAUCAAAUGCAUGUACUUUCAGCCAUGGAAGCAGAAACUAGUUAAAUCACCUAGGUAAAGGAAACACCUUCUUAAAAUGAUUAAUCUUAUAAGGUGCUUAGAGAAACAUUUCCUAAGGUAAAAGCACAAAUUGUGCAGACUUGAGAUUUAUAAGAUCCUGUUUUUCAAACUGCAAGCUGUUUUAGUGAGCACAAGGAAGUUUCACUCACAUCCCCAGUUUGUGCUGGAAAAUAGCUUUUUCAAUAUUAUACUGUUGGUGUUUUCAGACACAUCAAACUGUUUCAGGCAUGUCCACGUAAAGUCUUGUGCUAGAACUCAGCUUAGGCUUAUGAAACACAUGAUGAAUGUGGAUUUCAACUAUGAUCUUUUUAAAACGAAUUAUUUGAAUAGGAUUCAAGGCCUAAAGGGUUGUAUGAUCUCUAAACCACUUGCUGAUCACACUGGCUCUCAGUUAACAGACAGAAUCACUUAUAUUCCUCCUGUAGGUCCUGUGAAUAGUAGCUAUUGAUUAUGUAGCCACGGGUGUUUUCCUUUAAACUGUAACUGAAGGUGGAAGACUGCUUUUUAGUUUUUACAUUUAUACAUGGUUGAAUUACACCAUGUGAAAUGCUUCAUUAGGGAGCUUGUGUUCAUUGGUCCCCUUCAGCAGUUAAGUAUAAAAGAAAGCUUGUUUUGUAGGCUGCUAGUCCGGGCAUAAACAGUAUGACUUUGAAGGCAUUCAUCUGAAUAUAAUAAUGGUUAUAUAAAUGUUAAUGUUUUAUUGUUUAUUCUUGUAGUUAACAAAAGCUUUGAUUGCAAAGCACACUAUUAAGAAUAGGACUGCUUUACAUCAAACAAUACAGAUAUAAAUAAGGCUUUAUUCUCAGAGAACCUAUGUUUCCUGUUUUAAGUGGUGUCCUUAGUUAGUGGUGCAAUUAAAGACAACAAGUGUAUCGAACCAACAUUUAAAAAGAAAGCAAGUUGUACACGGCCAAUACUGUUUGUGUUGAUAUCAAAAUCAUUAAGUAGUUAUGCUUUUAAAGGGGUAAAGAUGGAGUUUGUGUGGAGAUGGAGAAUGUAUAUGAGUUGGGGGGUUGUUAAAGAAUAUUUUGGAAUGGAGCCAUUGUGAAUGUAAGAUAAGAAACUGAUUAUUCGUAUGUGUUUGUGUACUUUAAAAUACAUCUCCUACAGAGAUACUUUAAACCAAGUUAUAGAUGCAUAUUUUUCUAAUUGCCCUCCUUUGACAGAGUAUUCUUAGUUAACAUAUACUGCUAUCCUCAGUGUGCAGAUGAAGACGUUGUUUCCAGGUUAAGUGGUUUAUUUAGUGUUAAAUAUAAACAUUUUAUGUGGCAUUAUGUGUGAGUAAACAAAUAACAAAGCAUCUUAUCUUGUGCCAUAACUGUAAUGGUCAGUAUUUCUUGUUGCAUGGUGUGAACUCCACAUAUUAAUGGCAUGCAACAUUUAACAUUUCUAUUUAUUUAACAUAACACUAAGAAACAAACUGUGCCAAGCUAAGCUCACCCAUUUUGGUAAAUAGACCAUUUGCAUUUUAUUUAUUUUUAACACUGUAAAUGGAAAAUAUUCACUGUGUAUAUAUACUUAAUUUGUAUAGAAAGAAGGAUGUCUAAAAUGACAGGUUUGUUGUUGGCUAGAUUCAUCUGCAUUAUAUCUGACAGCUGCUUGGAUCACAAUGAGAGGUUUUGCACAAGGUUCUACAUAAAGUGAAAGUAUUCAGACUGUUUCAUUGUCAGAUAUGAAAUGUAAAUAUCUGUAUUUUUCAAAAUGAGUGUUAUGUUCAUGUGAAAGUGUACUAUGUACUCAACAAAAUAAAGGUUAAAUUGGAUUUCA